AUGGUGGCCCCCAGAAAUACCGCCUAUGCGGAGGAAAGUGCAGAGGUGGAAGUGCUGUACGCUAACCUCGACAAGCUCAAUCUCCUCACCAAAAAGAUUCGAGGUUCCUUGGUCCGCCUAGAGACCAGCGGAAAUGUUGUAAAGGAAGCAAUUGGGCCCAUCUACAGCAACACCCAGUCUCUGCAGAUCACAAACAGUAACAUUGACAAGGUCAACGAUGCAAUCGACCGCCUCCGCCAACCUCUCGAUGCGAAGAGUCGCGAGGAGGGCAUCAUUCGCGCUGGCUCUGGACUUUCACAAUACCUUCUGGCGAUGAAACGUGUCGAAAAGGCGCUGGUCGACCUCAAUACAACAAACCUCCGCGCUAACCAAACCGCAAUCGCAGAGUUCAACGCACUUUUGAACACAGGCAGUGGUAAGCUGCAAGAUCUGCUUCGUAGCCAGUUGAAGCAGCAUGCUACCUCAAUUGAACCCCUAAAACGCGAUAAUCCUUCCAUCAAAAUCUACGCGGAAAUUCGUGGACCAUAUAUCACCGCUGGAUUGCAAAACUUGUCAAUUGCAUCCCUCAGUACCGUCAAGAGAAGGGCUACAGAUGGUCCAUAUAAACAAGGAACCAAUGGUAUCGGUCUCUAUUCGAGUGCGUUGGAGGCAUUUAUUACCACAGAACAUGGAAUCAUUGUUCAGGUAUUCACCGGCGAUCAGCAAGGCCUCGCUUUGCAAGCCACUUUUAUUCCUGCCAUGGCGGACUACUCUAAGACUUUGCGGGAGCUCAAUCAAUAUAUCAAGCAAAACUUGAUGACGGAUUGUUUCUUGGCUUUUGAAAUUAUCGAAAUUGUGACAGCCAUGUCCUACCGCAUUGAUUCCAAGACAGCAGAGCUCAAGACUCUGCUGAUUGAAGCUUUACGUCCUGUUCGUGAGACCGCCAAAUCUUCUCUCUCAGAGCUACUCGAGGAGACAAAACGAAAGGCAGCCACUGUAGCCCUUCCCCGGAUGGUGGCUCAGUCCCUUUGGUUUCGGAAGUGA